AUGUCCGAAGCAAACGGCACCACGGCCGCCGCCGCAGCCUUCCAGUUCUCAGCCGUCUACAAGUCCCCCGCCAACGAGCCCUUCACCUACUCCGAGUCCCUUCCUGCACCGCCGUCCUCCGGUGUCAGCGACAAGACUGCCUACCUCAGCUCCCUGCGGAAGGCCAUUAACUCCGCCCAGGAGAGCAUCAACAAGGAGCUCACCGCGCGCAUGGAGGAGGACAAGGCUCGCGAGGCAGACAAGGGCGGUUCCAAGGCUGCGGUGGACGAGGCACUAGAGGAGGAAAACUACGGCGAGGAGGCACCUCCUAACGACGAUUGA